UCUAUUGCAGUUGAAAAUACCGAGGAUCGGAGGCUGAGUCCAUUGAUUUUUUUAGGGGUAAAUCUACGAUGUAACCCGUGUCUGUGAUGAUACGAAGACAGUUUGAAUGAGACACCCGCUUCAUUUGGUGCACAAACAUCGCACGAAGGUCUUAUGUGCUCCUCGCCGCCUCAUUUCCGACUCGGGCUGCUCAGUGUUGUCGGGGUAGAGUCCGUUUCACUGCAUCAACAUGGGUGUGAUCGGUGUGCAGCUGGUGGUUACCAUGGUAAUGGCCAGUGUAAUUCAAAAAAUAAUACCUCAUUAUUCCUUCGCAAGAUGGCUUCUCUGCAGUGGCAGUCUGCGGUGGUAUCAGCACCCCACGGAAGAUGAGCUGAGGAGCUUAGCAGGGAAACAAAAAGGACAGAAGAGGAAAGACAGGAAGUACAAUGGUCACAUUGACAAUAAGCCGCUAACAGUUCCAAAGGACAUAGACUUACAGCUGGAGACGAAAUGCAUCACAGAAGUCGACACAUUAGCAUUGCACUACUUCCCAGAGUUCCAGUGGCUGGUGGAUUUCACAGUAGCGGCAACUGUGGUCUAUCUGAUAACAGAACUCUACUACAGCGUGGCUCAGCCCUCAGGAGAGAUGAACAUCAGUGUGGUCUGGUGCCUGCUCGUACUUGCCUUCGUCAUUAAGACCCUUUUCUCUCUAACGGCCCACUACUUCAAGCUCGAGGAAGGAGGCGAGCGCUCACUCUGUAUUACUUUUGGUUUUUUCUUUUUUGUCAAAGCCAUGGCCAUUCUCAUCGUCACUGAAAACUACCUGGAGUUUGGUCUUGAGACCGGUUUUGCAAACUUCUCUGACAGCGCUCUACAGUUUCUGGAGAACCAGGGUUUAGAGUCCCAGGGUCCUAUAUCUAAACUCACCUUCAAGCUGAUCCUAGCUCUGCUCUGCUCCCUGAUUGGAGCAUUUCUAACUUUCCCUGGUCUACGAUUGGCCCAGAUGCACCUCGAUGCACUCAAUCUCACCACAGCCAAAUUUACACAGACUCUGCUUCAUAUCAACUUCCUGUCCCCUCUUAUCAUGGUCCUGCUGUGGGUGAAGCCCAUAACGAAGGACUACCUAAUGAACCCUACUCUGGGAAAGGAGAGUGUGCCUUUGAUGACUGAGCAGACAUAUGAUACGCUGCGCUUAUGGGCCAUCUUACUGAUGUGUCUGCUCCGGCUCGCUAUGAUGAGACAUCAUUUGCAGGCCUACCUCAACCUGGCCCAGAAGGGUGUGGACCAGAUGAAGAAGGAGGCGGGUCGCAUAAGUACCGUUGACCUGCAGAAGAUGGUUGCGCGUGUUUUUUACUACUUGUGUGUAAUCGCACUACAGUAUGUGGCACCACUGGUGAUACUGCUGCAUACCACUUUGCUGCUAAAAACCUUAGGUGGACACUCCUGGUGGGUCUCUCUUGAAGAAGACCUGCCUUGCACCUACGACAUGAACUCUGACUCAGUGAUGGGGGAGGCAUCAGUAGCCGCCCCAACACCAGCUUCAGUGGUAGAAACAGGAGCCCGGGCGUCAGUAGCCCAGCUGUCGGUGGCCCUGGGAGGCCUGCGGACUGUUUUCAGCCCCUCGCUUUUCCGGGGCCUCUUCUCCUUCUUUACUUGGUGGAUUGCCGCCUGCCUCUUCUCCACCUCCCUCUUCGGUCUCUUCUACCAUCAGUAUCUUAUGGCGGCAUAACAUCAGGAACCCAGCAGUGGCAGCCGGACCCCCGCAGUGCUGCUGUACGUUCAGCCUGAUCAGAAAGGACUGAUUCGGGGCAGCAGAGGCCGAUUGAUGACUCUGCUCGUCAACCUCCUCCCUCCCUCCCUCCCUCCCUUUGACCACCUCUCAAUGACCAUAUCAUCAGAGCUCCUGGUUCAACUUCCAGUGCUUCCUUCACAGAUGACUCUAUGAACUCGUCAUUGUUUUUAAUACUACAAUCACAGUGUUUAAUUUGAAGGGCAAGAUUUAUAAAUUUUAAUAAGAGACGGACUAAAGGUACGAGUGGAAAGAAUAUUAUUCCGUGUCAGUGGUGUAUUGGUAUUGUCAAGAGGAACUGAUCCAUUUUGUGUAUGAAAUUUGAACGAUAUGAGGUAUAAUACUUUUAUCUCAGAUGCCAAUUACAAUCCGUUACUGAUCCAUCGACACUUUGUCUUUUACUUUAGAAAACCCCACUCUUGCAGGUUCAUGCAUGACAGUAACAGUUCGAUUUCAGCCUGUUGUCCCCCUUGUAAAUUUACCGCCAAUGACUUAUAUCACAGACAUAUCCAGGAAAAGCUGGAGUUACUCUGCUUGACUGGAUAAAUGCUGUAAGGUUUAAGUUUUAUUGGCUGGCGGUUAUGCGCACCACCUUGACAUUAAGAGUCAUGGAACCACCUAUAAACCAGUCUGUAUCACAGCCCAUCAGAGUGCUAGCUUCCCUCAGUGAAAACGUAGUGAGGACGCGUAGCUCACAGAAUAUCAUAGAAUCUGGAGCGGUUUGUGGAGGCUGGUCUGUGACUUCUUAUUCUCCUAAAAUCAUCUUCAAUUAUAUGUUUUCCUUACGUUUUUUUUAGGGGAAACUGAUAACUGCCAUUCUGGGGCCUCAUGUUUGUCUUUUGAGAAAAACUAAAAAAAAAUAUUUGUGUUGAAAUUCAGAUGUAAAAAUUCCAUUGCCACGGACCACAAAGCAAUCUGAAAGAGUCUUAAGAGUUUUGCCGGUGCGUUUGUGUUUGUAGUCAGAGGAGGGAGGGGGGGUUGGAUGGGACGAGCCGUGACCUGACCAGGGUCUUUGAGUGUGGACAACUGAAGAAGAGUUACACGAGAUUGUUAAACUCCAGGGUGAACAUCUCAUUGGCUUGAAUCUAAUGUGUUUGAAAUGUGUCUAAUUGAAGUUGCCAUCGAGGACAAACUUAGGUUGUUUUGUUUUUUUUAAUGAUAGAAUUUGUGAUGUUUUUAAUUUUGCAUUGUGACCACCCUGGUUUUAACUGAGCCGUCUUGAAGCUAUGAGAGAAUCUGAGGUUGUUCUUCUGACAGACAACAUGUAGCGUCUGCAUCUGUCUGCAUGUGUCGGAUCUCUGCCUUCGGUCAGCUGUAAUCUCAAAGGGCAUUGCGAUCGAGAAGAAAGGAUGUCAACCACUGUUGAUAAGCUACCGCCUUUGUUCUCAUUUCCUGUUUUAUUUUUACUUAAACCCAUCCAUUGCUUUUAAACUCUUUUGAGAACAAUCAUUUUUUAGUUGUUAUUCUAUUUCUAACUGAUCAAAUUGUGGAUGUGAUGUCGGGUGGUGUCUAGAGAUCCAUCUUGAUAAAGAGAGAAUCACUAGUUCUGGUUAAAUGAAAACACAGUGUCUUUGCACGCUGUAGUUAGAGGGUGUAGGUGUAAGCUCAUGCAGUCACUGCAGACGCUGCACUGGGUCAUUGUGAUUGUCUGUUCUAUUCAGGAAUGUAGGGUACGUGUUCUCAGACCAAUUACAUAUGCGUGGUUCUCUGGCAAAUUUCAUUUCAUCGUUACAGUCAUCAUAGAGCUGCAGUUCACACAUUCCAGCUCUAUGCAUUGUGUACAGAACACGUUUUAUGAAGCAGAGCAGCACCAUAUCACACAUUUAAGCUCCUGAUGCCGAAAGUCUUAGCCUCAGUUUGUCUGUUUGAAACCAUAGGGAAUAUGCACAUAAUGAAUGUAUCAAUCUUGCCUAAUUUCUAGAUUGUUUUGAUGAACACUGAUUUGUAUGUUGAGUUGAUUUAACUGCCCCCUUACCUGCAAUUCCUUCCCUCUCCACCAUACCCUUUCAUAAUUCUACCUGUUAAACUAAAUCUAAUUUAUCCUAAUGACUUUUUAUUGAUUGAUUUGUCCUUUCUUUGUUUUUUUUUGUAUUUAUUUCACAUGUCGAGGCCUGUAAACAUUUCUAAUUUUAACAAUAUUCACUUUAUUUUGUUAAUAGAGUGCAUGAUGGAUUAAAUCAGUUUUUGAAAACGUGUUUGACAAAUCGGUUACAGAUUUUUUUUUAUGUCUGGUCAGGUAAGAAGUACCUGGAGAAACUCUCAGAAUUCGUUGGCCUGAUGAGGCGUUUCUUCAGUUUGUUACCACUGAAAGUGUUGUUAUUCACUCUUGGGUUCUUAGAGUACAUCACACAUGUUGUUGUUCUUCCGUGUAUUUAUUUCUGCUUUAGAUUUUGUCUUAAAUAAAUUAUGUUCUUUA